AUGCUGUCUCCCUUGGACCUCGUGUACUCGCAUGAAGGCGAUCCUAGAGAAGACAUUGAGAUUGCCAUCAAGCAUUCAACAACAAAAACAAUACCAUGGGAGGAAGGAAAGUAUAAUAACGACAUGCCUCAGCUCGGUCUGAUCCACCCAGGUGUUCUCAUCCGGAGAACGCGCAGUAAAAAAAAAGCAAGUACCGCGUGUCGCAUCUCGAAAUUCGGGCACCGUCUGGAAGCGGCACUGGCAACCGUCUUUCAGCGGAUACUGAUACAUGAUUGGCUGUUGAGUCCACAUUUUCGACCAAACAGAGCUCGGCUUGAUAUAGGACAGGCAGACAGACUUGAUCUUCCGAACAGUCGGCUUACUGACAUCCUUCAACAAAGAGAGAACAAAACGAUCUGCUCGCUACUCCCGGUUUCCUCCAGGUUUCGGCUGCGCACCUCUGGUGAUGCAGAGGCCGCUGCAGCUGGAUAUGCUGGGGUGGGUAUUGUAUUGAGCGAACGAGCGGAAGCGUCUCUGCUUGAUUGGAUACCCGUUGACAGUAGCCUCUGUGCGGUUCGUUUGGCAACAUCUCUGAGAGAAACUAGAGAAAUAUCUCUUCUCGGGCAAGAUGGACCAAGUGGUUGGAGUGCGAAUUUACUGACCGGCAGGUCCGUGGUUCAAACCCGACCUCGGCCUCUCGACUUCCCCUGUCUAGGCUUGGGCAACCUGACAGUAUCCCAGCCCUCGUGUGGCAUGGCAGCUGGGCACCGAAAGGGUGUUACAAAUGAACGGUUUUUUUCUUCUCGGAGUUAUAAGUCAGCUGGACAACGAUCCGAUUUUUCUCCAAGCCUAGAAUACUAG